AUGACUUCAAGCCAGAGUUCCGACCCUCAAGUUGAGAGUACGCCUCUGCUCAAUGCUCAGCCCAAGAACAGGGACGCUCGCGACAACGAUACACCCAGGACGCCUUUACCCAAAGUACAGAUUGGGAUUCUAUCUCUAGUGCAUGUCGUCACGCCGGUAUCCUCUCAGAGCAUAUACCCGUAUAUCAACCAGCUCGUUCGUGAGCUAGACAUCACCCAUGGCGAUGAGAGCAGGGUCGGAUAUUAUGUCGGUCUCAUAGAAUCAAUCUUCUUUGCCACGCAAGCUUGCACAACAUUUGGAUGGAGUCGACUGUCUGACUAUGUAGGACGAAAACCUGUCAUGUUGAUCGGGCUCUCGGGCUUGUGUAUCUCCAUGCUCUGCUUCGGCUUGUCGCGGACCUUUGUGACAUUAGUGUUGAGUCGGUGUAUAUGCGGUCUGCUGAACGGGAGCUCGGGCGUUAUGAAGAGCAUGUUAGGCGAGCUCACCGACGCAUCGAACAUAGCGCAGGGAUUCGCAAUUCUACCUAUCCUAUGGUGCGUCGGGGCGACCCUUGGACCUUUUGUGGGCGGUGUACUAGCGCGACCAGCAGAUAGAUGGCCGCAUUUGUUCUCACAGCAGUUUUGGCAAGAUUAUCCCUAUUUUCUCCCUUGCGCUGCGGUCUCCGUAUUCGUUAUCUUCGUCGCGCUCCUAAUCGCGCUCUUCCUUAAGGAGACUUUGCCUAGGCGGAAAGCCAAAGAGCCACUGCUUAUCCAAUCCAGCGCACCCGAGGCUCCAGAAGACUCUAGCUCUUCUUUCUCGGUUGCCGAGGCGCCUCUACCUAUGCGCGCCCUUCUUGUUCCUCCCAUUCUUAUUCCCAUCGCAAACAAUGGCCUUCUCGGAGUUAUUGAGGCCGCACUUGCAGCCAUGCAACCUCUGUUCUACUCUACUCCUACCAGUAGCAGUGGCCUGGGUUUCUCCCCUGCUACCAUUGGCACCAUACUGGCAUGCUUUGGCAUCUUCGACGGUCUUGCCCAGGUCCUAUUCUUUGCUCCUGUCGUGAACCGAAUUGGACCGAAGCGCACCUUUGAGCUCGCAGCCACAACCUGUGUCCCUAUCUUUGUGUUAUUUCCUGUGAUGUCGUGGUAUGUUGCACGGGGCGGUGUGGAUAAGGUUGUAUGGGCGCUUUUGGUGUUGCAACUAUCACUGCAGAUUAUCAAGGACAUGGCCUAUGGCUGUGUCAUGAUGCAUGUCACCUCUUCCGCUCCCUCUAAGCGUUCGCUUGGAAGCGUCAAUGGGCUCUCGCAGACCAUAUCGGCCAUAUCACGGGCCAUCGGACCUGCAGUGGCUACGUCCAUCUUCUCCGCUUCGAAGCAGUAUAACCUGCUAGGCGGAAAUCUCGUUUAUGUCUUCAUGGUGGCGAUGACAUUCUGCUUAAUGUAUCUAGGGAGCCGACUACCGGAUCAACUGCCUGAUCAGAAACGCUGA